AUGCAUAACUUGAGUCCCAUUGCCUUUAGUCCCGCGGAGUGGCGAAUCAGUGGGGAUCCUACUGACCUGGUCUCCUGCUCUCUCCUUAUUCCCUGCAUUCGUCCUGCCUUACACUGGCCAACUGAUGUCCCUGAAAUCUCCUUCUCUGGCCAGAUUGAAACUUGCCAAUUACUCUGCCUCUUCCCUUACGUAUUUAUUGUGCGUCGAGUAACACGAGAUGGAUUAAUGCAGAAGCAAAGCAAUAUUCCUACUGCUUAUUAUUGA